AUGGCCGACAAAAAGGGCAGCGCGUACGGCGCGCCAGCAGGCGAUACCGACUUCCGUAAGAACUGGGACCUGGAUGAGUACGCCGCCAAAGCCAAAGAUCGCGAGGCGAAGGAGAAGGAGGAAGCAAAGGCGCGAUAUGAAGCCAAGAUGGCGGGAAAGAAAUAUCACAAGCCUCUGACCGGAAACGAGACAUUCACACAAGCCCGGCGGAACGUCUUGGAUCUUAGCGCACAGGUCGGCAAGACGCAGCUCGUACCGGCCGGUGCGGGCGUCGGAAAGCGUGGUAGAGGAGCAGGAUUCUACUGUGAUGCCUGUGACCUCACAUUUAAAGACAACAAGCAGUUCGUGGAGCAUCUGAACACGCCACAGCAUCUGGCAAACACCGGUCAGACGACAGAAGUCAAACGAGCAACUGCGGAGGAAGUUAGGGAGCGGAUCGAAAUGCUCUGGCAGCGAAAAAUGGACCUGGAAAAGGAAAAGGCUACAAGUUUGGAGGAACGGCUUGCCCUGAGAGAGGAGGAAAGCUUGAAAGAAGCGGAGGAGAGGAGGAAGAAGCGGAAAGAGGCGGAUGAAAGGAGGAGAAUCAAGAUGGAGGAAGCUGAGAAGGUCAAGACGGAGUAUGGAGAAGAUGUGAGAAUUGAAGGAGAGCACGACGAAGAUGACAUGAUGGCCGCGAUGGGUAUUACGGGUUUUGGGACGUCGAAGAAGAAGUGA